UUCCACCUCGUCGGACACAGCUUGGGAGGGCAGGUCGCUGGUGCGGCUGGCUCAGCUCUGCCUGGCCUGCCCCGAAUCACCGGACUCGACCCAGCCGCACCCUGGUUCGAGGAUGAGGAUCCAGCAGUGCGACUCGACCCCACUGACGCCGGCCUCGUCGACAUCCUUCACACCAACGGCGGCCCCUGGUGGCUGGGCUACGUAGGAAUUUCGGCGAGACAUGGUCACGUGGAUAUCUACCCCAAUGGCGGCGUUAUUCAGCCGGGGUGUAAGAAGCCAGCAGCGGGAGCGCUGGAGGCCAUACUUUCCGGCGAACUCCUGGAGGUGUUUCAAGAUUUGGCUGGCUGCAGUCACAAGCGAUCGACUGUCCUGUACAUAGACAUGCUGAAGAAAGGCAGCUGCCCCUACAUCGCUGUCGAAUGCAACAGCUAUGAAGACUUCGAAGCAGGAGCGUGUUCAGAAGGACGGGUCAUUGACCUCACUAAUGUGGAGAACGAAGGCUUCAGUGGCGCCGGCUAUAUGGACACCUUUGCACAGACGCCAUACUGCGGCUACCACUACGUAGUCGCAGCUUCGGUAUCAGCUGACUCUUCGUCACCUAAAGGGGAAAUAAAGCUGACCUUGACCUCCAGCAAAGGUCAACAGACAACAGCAUUGCUGGUCGACGGAACCAUCAAGGCCGGGACCACACAAUCCGUAACACAUCUGUCCGACACGCAGCUCGGUGACGUCACAGCUGCUGACGUCAGCUACGAGCGAACGUCCAUUAUGCAGACGAACACAUUCGUCAUUGAUCGCCUCACGGUGAUGAGCUACCGCGAUUCUGAUUGGUGGUCUGUGCUGUAAACACGUACACAGUCAGCAAGCGCCGCCCACAUCGACGCAAGACGCGAACUCUUCCCCGGUAUCUGCUUCCUAACGCGCUGACUGCUUUCUGCCGCUGACCCACAGAAAGACCAGCCUUUUCUGCUAGCAAUCGUAUGACAAAUCUACUACAUUACGAAUAUACGCUCUCCUAAUGACAUAUUUGUCAUAGGGAAGAUUUUUCAUAUGACAAAUAUUGUUGUAU